UAAGCGUGCCGCGCGCGAAAUAAUCGAACGUGCUCUCGUUCUGCCCAUGCUGUGUAUCGUCGCAAAAUGAAAACGCCAAGGAGACUCCCGGCCGGGGACCUCCGACCCCUGCUGUUUGGCGUCUCUCGUGAAGUAGGUGGCUCUCGCUCUCACGGUCGGUCGAUCCCGCCGAGGCUCCCCGCAGCUGGCUGAUGCAGCGAAGCUGCAGAAUCACAACAAACUUUAAUACGUUUCCUCUGUUUUGAAACUUUUAGUACGAUUUUUGUCGUCACCGGGUUUAUCACGCGCGAAUUUUCGAGUGGCUCACGCCGUGCGGAUUUUGACAAUUUUUGCGGGGAAGAACAACACACGUGGGUUCUAGUUUUGUUAAGUGAAGUGGAUGCAGUUACCUUUAUAAGUGCCUGCCAAAUUUGAAGUUCAAUAGGAAAAGUGAAUCUCCGGGCGAAGUUGUCGAGUAUUGUCAAUUACCCGGAGUGCAUAUCACGUGCACGUCAAUUCGUUUAAAAGGAUCGUUUAUCAGCGGCAGCAGUAUGGCAGCAUGGUCGUAGAACAGUUGGAAUUCUGGGACAUCGGCGGCAUGAUACAGCUAAUUGGCGUAAAUUUGUCGUAUCCGUUUUGUGAAUGAAUGUGUUUAAAAAGUGUUCCAUUUAGUGAAGAAAAAGUGAAGCCUGUUUCAGUGAUUUAAUUUCCAUUUUUCCUCAUCAUUUCUUCAACGCACAUCAACAGUGAAGCUGUAGUUCUGCAUCAUCCAAUAAAUUUUUCACACACUCACCCGGUGAUCGACCAUGGCAAAAGUGAUACAUAACAUUUCGGCACUGAUAGGGCUAAUAAUCGCCCUAGUAGUGACGCAGACGGGUGCCAUACGAGUGUACUGGAAUACGAACACUGGUCCUAUUGUGCCACCCACCACGACGCCAGUGCCAGUACCUCAGCCACCGUUCCGAGACCCUGCGCCAGUGUGGGAAGACCAAUCCGAGGAUGUUGCCAACCCUUAUCCUUACGUAUACAUUCUGCCACCUCCCUCGCGACCAAAAUACAACGACAUCUCCUUAUCAAGGCGUCAGCACAUUAACAGUACAAAUAAUGCGCAGCCAAGCGUAGUUCAGGCUCCAUCGACGACAACGGCUGCACCGGCCGGAAAAGUAAUCGAAAACCCGGAUCAAAACAAACAGACUGCUUUCGUGCAAAAUUACUCACCCAAUCAGCAGCCUUCUGCGCUGGUUCCACAGCAGCAACAAUUCCAACGGCGACAACAGAACGUGGUGCCAAGCUUAGCCGUUCAGUAUGUGCCCAACCAGGGCUUCAAGUACUACGCCGUUGUGCCGGUGCUCAGCGAGGGCCCCAGCAAGAGCGCUUAUCUGAAAACGAAUGACGCUCAGCUGGGCAAGCAGCACGAACGGUACGACAAACCGAACGGAAGGUACAACGCCAAGCUGAAGAAGUACAAAGCCUUCGAGAAGGCGAAAUACGUGCCGUACUACAUGAUUUACGACGUGCCGACGAAGCAGCAGUACGUUUCGUCCAGCGUGUCUCAAAAGGCUGUGAAUAAUAACUUUAAUGGUAAUGCUAGCCCUAAUAAUUUGUAGAUCAGCCGCCGGUAAAGCAGCAGCGUAAGCCGUAGAGUAGCAUUUACGAAAGAAUACGAAGACAGUUUCUGACAUACUAAUGACUAGUUAAUCCACUCGAAAAUAAUACUAAACGACAUUUUCGAACAAGAAAUGGUUCAAAUUGGAGGUGAUAUAUAAAAGACACAAAUGACGCGACGAAACAAACUAACCUAAAUUAGGGUUACCAUUUCAAUUGUACUGAGGUAACUUAAGGUGUAAUUAUUUUCAUUAGAUUAUAAGAGUACUGGCUUUUGCAAAAUAAUUGAGCACUAUGCAUGAAUUGAUGUUUUCUAAACUGGACUAUUCAUAGAUUUCCAAAAUUACAGAUAUUGGCAAGCAUUAUUUCAGAUCCAGUGUUUCCAUUAUAUCCUUGGACUAUUUUAUUACGGAUAGUACGGAAGCGUAUUGAAUCCUAGUAUUAACGCAUUUGCCCAAAAGUACACGCGGUGCUACCCACAGGAAACGACGCACCGCGCUUUUUGCUGCCCGUAUACUCGAUUAUUAUGGGGAGAUAACAUUGCGGCGUUUCCUAAGGUGCGGUUGUUCCUUUCGAACCUGAAACGCCGCGUGGAAUCUUGUGCAAUUGCGCUUUUAGAAACAUUACAACAGCUGCGCGGUGUAUCGUAUUGACAGCAUCCUACAAUACAACUGUGUGAGCAGGAUCAGCGCUCACGGUUUAAUUUUUUCCUAGGUUUUUAUGUGGAAAAAUAUUACACAAAAUUAAGCGCAAAAUAAAAAUCACUUCCUGGGAAAUUUUACAAAAAGACUUCUCUUCAAAAAUUGCGAUGAUACCUAAUGCUUAUGAAAAAGAACCUUCGAUGGUCGGACACUCCGUGUUGCUCGGUGUAAAACGAUUGUAACAUCAUAUUACAGUUCGCUCCUUCUUGCUCUGGCAAAGGGCAGUCUCCCAGCACACUGACCGCAUGCCCACGUGCAGCUUUCUCAAUUGCGGAUAGGUUUACCCUGAAACUUGUUAAAAAAGUAAAAUUAACUGACUGCAAACCGAACAUGACGCAUGGAACUGUUAGCAUCUCAGACGGUGUCUAAGUUGUUUUUAUCUUUUAUUACUUAUUGCCUUUCUCGUACAACAAAGUUGUACCGAAAGGCUAUCAUUGCACUCCAAAAUCGAACUUUUUAUAGAAGUCUCGUAGACCCAUGAUGUUAUAUACCAAUAGACUCAGCUCGUCGAACUUAACAAAUGUCUGUCUGUCCGUGUGUAUGUGUGUGUGCGUGCACACGAAAACCGAAAAACAUUAGCCACUUUUUCAUAUAGUAAUUCUUAACCGAUUUUCUCGCAACAAGUUGCAUUCGACAGGGGACAAAGCCUUGUUGAUCACUAUUGAAUUUGGUAACGAUCGACCAUUUAGCGUUUAAAAGUUAUUAAGAAAAUGGAAUCGAACUAUAUAAGCGCCAUAUAAGGUUGGUGUCUUGGCUAAACGCGAGAAAGGCGGUAUCAUCACUCGGUGAAUUAAGUUGGGUUUUAUUACUAAACUAUUAGUCUGUUUCUGCGUAUCUGGCAUUACAUCCCCCACUGGAACAUUACCGCCUUACAGCUUUCAGCCUCAGCCUCACAGUUCUAUAGGCACUUUCCCAGUUAUUCACUGUUAGAUUUUUAAGCCAUGUUUUCAUUUUUGCAUUUGCGUAUCAUGAGGCUAACACGAGGAUAUUCGCAUGCCUAGAGAAGUCGAGAAAUACUCCUAAACGAUAAUAUCCUUGACCAGAUCGAGAUCUGAUCCCAACCACCUUCAGAAUGGUCUCAUUUAACGGUUUAACGGUAGGUGACAUAAAAAAAGCAUUAUUGACAUCUAACAGUAAAAGGGCUGUUAAUCUAUGUUUAAGGACACUCCUCACGGAAUCCAAACUUCAAAGUAUUCGCGUUUUCAGCUUUGCUGCGAAAUAAUAAAAAUGACAGUUGUGCGCUACUUCCAUAUCGAGUGGUAUGCCCCUGAAAACGCGAGCACUUUGAAACCUGGAUUCCGUGAUGAGUGACCCUAACAAUGACUCAUUCACUAUAGAACCAAAUUGGAAAUUGUUCAAAAAUUCAAUGUCACCCAAGAUCUUUCUAGAGCAGCGUUUCUCAACCUUUUUCUUGC